ACCGGUACUCAAACAUAUUGACCUCUGUAGCAGUCAUGUCGAAGUCUUCCUUUCGCAAUGCACCUUAUACAGCUAUUUGAAGCAGAAACGCGCGUUGGUGAAUCUGUCUAUAGUAGGACCAACAAAGACCCUGGCGAAUAAAUGAGCUCCGGUAGAUGUGCGAGACUGCGCUGUAUCGGAGAGUGAAUGCAUCAGGUGUAAUGAUUGCAUUGGAUACUGACUGAGAUAUAAAGACGGAUGUUCUCUUAGGAGAAGCGAUGUUGAUAACUCUUCGGUUCCUUGUUGAUCUAGUAGAGUGAACGUUGUAUUAAAAGUUCGAGACAAUGAAGUCGAGCAUCUUUGGCGCCGCCUUUUUUUGCAGCGUGGCAUCAUCCUGGCCACUGCUUCCUUGGAUCCAGUCUGCUCCGCCAGCGCCUGGUACUCAAUUUUACCAAUUACAGGCCAAGUCGUCCGCUGCUACAGUCGCCAAUCAAUGGGUCACUCUUACCGCUGCCUCAGGCAGCUAUACUCUGGCCGCUGCUCAAACCGCUGCCACCAAAUUCUUCGUCACUAAAUGGAAUGCAACCAACACCUACGCCUUCCACAACGCCGACGACACGCGCCAACUCGCUCUCCGUGGUCCCGACGGCACACUUCUCUAUCUUGUGGAUGUGACAAACCCGCGCUCGGACACUAUCCCCGGAGGUCAGCUGAUGGAGUGGGCAACGUUUACCAUGGAUAAUAACGUCUUGGGCGUGAGUGAUGGGAGCACGUUGAAGAAUAGGACGUUUGCUGCUGUUGGGAACCAGUUGGCGCUCUAUGACGGAGUCAGUAACACGACGCAGAGCGUCACGCCGGUUACUCUCAAUCUAGUUAGAAGUGGAUCAGGGUAG